AUGAUUGGCCAAUGCAACAAUUUGCAGCCCACUGUGUCUAGAUGGGAUAGGUACAGUUCUUACUGAGAGAGAGAGAGACAGAGAGAGAGAGGGAAAAGGGUGGAAAGUUUCGAUCAUCCCGCUGGUUUUCAGUAGAGAACAGGGUGAGAGGGUCAGAAACUCACAGAGAGUAGGAGAGACGAGUCACUUUGCUCAAAGUUCUGACCACUCCAGUGGAUUAGCUGUGCAGAGCCCCACAUAUCAACACAGACUGACUUUAAAGGUGGCUCUUUCCUCUCUUGCCUGUUUAUGGAUGUAAUCAUGUGGCGGAUAGCUGAUCAGCUUCCCUGGAUUUCGCAGACAACCCCUCUUUGUUUUGCCUGAAGAUGGAAACACUGGAGUCGGAGCUGACCUGCCCAAUCUGUCUGGAGCUAUUUGAGGACCCGCUGCUCUUGCCCUGUGCUCACAGCCUUUGUUUCAACUGUGCCCAUCGUAUCCUGGUCUCCCACUGCACCCCCAGCGAGCCGAUUCAGUCCAUCAGCGCCUUUCAGUGCCCAACCUGUCGCUAUGUCAUCACCCUCAACCAGAGAGGCCUAGAGGGACUCAAACGCAACGUGACAUUACAGAACAUCAUCGACCGCUACCAGAAAGCUUCUCUAAGUGGACCUAACUCUCCUAACGAAACUCGGCGCGAGCGAGCUGCCCCCGACAGCAAAGCCAUGACAUCUCCCAUUGACCGGGUGCAGUGUCAGUUCUGUGAGCAGGACCCUCCGCAGGAUGCCGUGAAGACCUGCGUCACCUGUGAGGUGUCAUACUGCGAUGAGUGUCUUAAGGCCACCCACCCCAACAAGAAGCCCUUCACAGGCCACCGUCUAAUUGAGCCCUUGCUGGAUUCCCAUCUGCGAGGGCUUAUGUGUCUGGAGCACGAGGAUGAGAAGGUCAACAUGUACUGUGUGACAGAUGAACAGUUGAUCUGUGCAUUGUGUAAGCUGGUUGGCCGACACAGAGACCACCAAGUAGCAGCCCUCGGUGACAGAUAUGACAAACUGAAGAAAUCUUCUGGCCGCUUUCUCUGUGUGGGGCGUGAUCAUUCACACCAGGAGGCAGACCAGCAAGCCUUGGAUUCCAACCUCAGCAAUCUAAUCAAGAGGACCAGUGAGUUGGAAAGUCUGAUGGGCAAACUUAUCCAAACCUGCCAACACGUGGAGGUAAAUGCAUCGCGACAAGAAAACAAGCUGCUUGAGGAGUGUGAACUGCUGAUUAAUAUCAUACAGCAGCGAAGACAAAUCAUAGCCACCAAGAUAAAGGAGGGAAAGUCCAUGCGACUGAGGAAACUAGCCCAGCAGAUAGCCAGCUGCAAACAGUGCAUUGAGAGGUCCUCCUCCCUCAUCUCUCAAGCCGACCAAACCCUCAAGGAGACAGACCACGCUCGCUUCCUUCAGACAGCUAAAAGUAUCUGUGAAAGAGUAUCAAUGGCAACAGCAUCCUCUCAAAUCCUGCUACCAGAAAUUAAUCUGAAUGACACUUUUGAUAGUUUUGCUUUGGACUUCACAAGGGAGAAGAAAAUGCUAGAGAGCUUGGAUUACCUCACAGCACCAAAUCCACCAGUAAUCCGCGAGGAAUUGUGUACGGCUUCGUAUGACACGAUCACAGUUCACUGGACAUCAGAUGACGAGUUCUCUGUUGUAUCAUAUGAACUUCAGUACGCCAUCUUCACCAGCCAGUCUAAUGUUGUCAGUUUAUGUAACUCUGCUGAUAGCUGGAUGAUUGUACCAAACAUCAAGCAGAAUCACUACACUGUGCACGGACUCCAGUGUGGCACAAAGUACAUUUUCAUAGUGAAAGCCAUAAACCAGGCUGGAAACCGCAGCAGUGAACCAGGGAAACUCAAGACAAACAGUCAGCCAUUUAAGUUAGACCCAAAGUCUGCUCACCGGAAACUGAGGGUGUCCCAUGACAACCUGACAGUAGAGAGGGACGAGACAUCGUCCAAGAAGAGCCACAGUCAGGACCGCUUUUCCAGCCACAGCAGCUAUGGUGUCACAGGAAAUGUCUACAUCGACAGCGGCCGCCAUUACUGGGAGGCUCUGAUAGGGGGAAGCACGUGGUUUGCAGUGGGUAUUGCGUAUAAGUCAGCGCCAAAACACGAGUGGAUCGGUAAAAACUCUGCCUCUUGGGUGCUGUCUCGCUGCAACAACUCGUGGGUGGUGCGUCACAACAGCAAGGAGAUGCCUAUUGAGCCUUCACCCCACCUGCGACGUCUUGGAGUGUUGCUGGACUAUGACUCUGGAUCUCUGUCCUUCUACGAUGCCGUUGGCUCUCAGCACUUGUAUACAUUUGACAUCGCCUUUGCUCAGCCAGUUUGUCCUGUGUUCAAUGUGUGGAACAGGUGUUUAACAAUCCUCACGGGACUGCCCAUCCCAGAUCACCUAGAGGGGACAGAUUAUAACAACUGACAAAAACCUGUCCCGCUGGAUUUUCUUUGUGUUCCCAAAAAAAGACCAGACAGCAUGCACCUCUGACUGUGAUGACCACAUGCUUCAUGUUGGCAAAAUAAAAAAAGGAACCAGAUGCAAUAAAUGGCCCUAGUGUACAUUCCUAAUCAUGCCUAUGUUGACAUUAAUUGGAAUUAUUUAAGAAAUUAUUUACCAGCAUUUGUAAAUGUAUUUCUUUGCUUUGCACAUUCAUGUACAUUACUCAGCUGGAUGGUUUUAAGGGUUUAUUUACAGUUUUAAACUUGUGGAGAUAUUUUUAAAUAGGCUCCAGGUUUUAAAAAAAAAAAAAAAAAAUCAAGGUUCAUAUUACACACUUUUUCAUUCCUGUAUUUUAAGGUAAAUGUAAGGUCUUUAAAAUAUCAUAGCACUUUGAGAAGACAGAGUUGUCACAUUUCUAAGCCACUUGUACCGUAACACAAAUGUCUGCUUGUCAAUGUUUUAUAAAGAGAGGGCACUUGAAUAGAUCAAAUAACACUAGUUAACAACAGUUUCACUUAGAAAUUUUAAUCAAAAUCAGUCAAUUCAUUUAUUAUCUGCACAUGCUCUACUAAGAGUCAGGGUUAAGAGAUCAUUCUUUUUUUUAUUGUAGCCAUUUCAAAUGAACUCGGCAUUGCAGUUUCCACAUUUAAUCUCUCUCUGACAAGACAUAAUAAAAGUGACUUCAUUUGA